UUCCAUUAAACAAAGUCUCUCCGUAAAAGCCGCACGUGUUUGCGUAUUAGUGUUCAAGCCAAGCCCAAUUUGAAUCAAUUGAAGAAAGUUUUAAAGUCAAAUUUAAGGAUUUAAAUUCGCUUUAAGCUCCAAUUUUAUAUAUAUAUUUAAAGUUUUAUAUUUUUCGCGUCAAACACUCAAUUCAAUAUGCGUGAAAUCGUCCACAUUCAAGCUGGUCAAUGCGGAAACCAAAUUGGAGCUAAGUUCUGGGAAAUUAUUUCCGACGAACAUGGCAUCGACGCAACCGGUGCAUACCAUGGUGAUUCCGAUCUUCAGUUGGAACGUAUCAAUGUUUAUUAUAAUGAAGCGUCAGGUGGAAAAUACGUUCCACGUGCAGUUUUGGUCGAUUUGGAACCAGGCACCAUGGAUUCAGUUCGUUCAGGACCAUUCGGUCAAAUUUUCCGUCCCGAUAACUUUGUUUUCGGACAAUCGGGAGCUGGAAACAAUUGGGCUAAAGGACAUUACACAGAAGGUGCAGAACUCGUCGACUCGGUCUUGGAUGUCGUUCGUAAGGAAGCUGAGUCAUGCGAUUGUCUUCAAGGGUUCCAAUUGACACACUCACUCGGUGGCGGCACUGGAUCUGGAAUGGGAACUUUGUUGAUCUCCAAAAUUCGUGAAGAAUAUCCCGAUCGUAUCAUGAACACCUACUCAGUGGUGCCAUCACCAAAAGUCUCAGACACCGUCGUUGAACCCUACAACGCCACAUUGUCCGUUCACCAGCUCGUUGAAAACACCGACGAAACUUAUUGCAUUGACAAUGAAGCUCUCUACGACAUCUGCUUCCGCACAUUGAAACUCACCACACCAACAUAUGGCGAUUUGAACCAUCUCGUUUCAUUGACCAUGUCCGGUGUGACCACCUGCCUUCGUUUCCCUGGUCAGCUCAAUGCUGAUUUGCGUAAGCUCGCUGUCAACAUGAUGUCAGCCACUUUCAUCGGCAACUCAACCGCCAUUCAGGAACUCUUCAAGAGAAUUUCCGAACAAUUCACAGCUAUGUUCCGUCGCAAAGCUUUCUUGCAUUGGUACACUGGGGAAGGCAUGGACGAAAUGGAAUUCACUGAAGCUGAGAGCAACAUGAACGACUUGGUCAGCGAAUAUCAACAAUACCAAGAAGCAACAGCCGACGAAGACGCUGAAUUCGAUGAAGAACAAGAAGCCGAAGUUGAUGAAAACUAAAUUUCAUAAACAACAAACAAACCAACAUGCAGUCAUUCUUUACUCGUUCUUUGUAACCCACUGCCUUGUAUUUCUUGUUUCCUUCAACUCCCCCGCAACAAAAAAGUUUUCAUUUCCUUCCCUUUCCAAACAAAAAGUCCUGCAAUUUUGUUAACUUAAUUAACCAAGAAUAUGAAACAAGAAUUAAACUGCAACACGAGAAAAGUUACACAAACUUUUAAGUAAACAAAAAAAAAUUUUUUCUUAUCAUUCCUGAAACAAGAUAAUUUAAGAAUCAGAAAAAUUUUAUCGAAUAAACAUGGCAGUAAAUUUGUUCACAAUCUGAAUCGAUUUUUUUUCAUAAAUUUUCUCUUUCGCGGUAAUUUUCAAGUAAAAAAUUUUCACUCAGCUAAUUUUUGGAAAAUUCAACACAAGGAAACAGAAAAAUGUUUGAUGAAAAGUCACAUUUGAUUUGUAUUAAUAAAAAAGUCUCGUUGCUACAAUGCAAAAUUUGCUUUAAAUUAACUAAAAAAAUAAGAAAAACAAAAAAAAAUUGUGGCUUUUUAAUUUUAUGUUGCAAAAUAAUUUUUAUUGGUUUUUCAGGUUUGAUUUUAAUUUUCCUUGUUUUUGGCUUCUUUUGCGUAGUCGUCGAUGUUCAACUCAACAUUGUACAUUUCUAAGUCUUCCGGGAAAUUGUAAAUUCAACUUCCUGUCGAUUGCAGAAAUGUGCAAGUUGCGCAUAAAUGAAGAAAGCUUUCCUUUCAAGGCUUGAACAUAAAUAUUUGCAUUGAAAAUUGUAAUCAAAAUCUACUACCGACUUUCCUUACUGAAACAUAAUAAAAUUGAUUGGAAUUACCGCAACAAAAUACA